AUCUCCUGUGCUUUUAUGGGAAUUAAACACUCCUCCCGCUGUAUGCUGCUCAGGGGGGAAAUGGCGGAGUCUGAGAGCACUGAGCAACAGCAGCAGCCACAGCCAAUCCGCAUCAUCCAAUCUCAGCGCGUGCAGCCCACCUCGCUGCCCAAGCCUGUGCCCUCUGUCCACCAUGUCCCGCGGCCGCCCCAUACUCCCCACGCUGCCUCCCUGCCUAGCUGCCCUGGCCGGGGGAAGAUGGCCAAGUUCCUCAACCCUGAGGAGAUGACCUCCAGGGACUACUACUUUGACUCCUAUGCCCACUUUGGAAUCCAUGAGGAGAUGCUGAAGGACGAAGUGAGGACGCUGACCUACAGGAACGCCAUGUACCACAACAAGCACGCCUUCAAGGACAAGAUCGUCCUUGACGUCGGCAGCGGGACCGGCAUCCUGUCCAUGUUUGCAGCCAAGGCGGGAGCCAAGCACGUGUACGGGAUUGAAUGUUCCAGUAUAUCGGAAUACUCUGAGAAAAUCAUCAAGUCUAACCACCUGGACAGUGUUAUUACUAUCUUCAGGGGCAAGGUGGAGGAGGUGGAGCUGCCAGUGGAGAAGGUUGACAUCAUCAUCUCAGAGUGGAUGGGCUACUGUCUCUUCUACGAGUCUAUGCUCAAUACCGUCAUCUUUGCAAGGGACAAGUGGCUGAAACCCGGCGGUCUGAUGUUUCCCGACCGUGCUGCACUGUAUGUGGUGGCCAUCGAGGACAGGCAGUACAAGGACUUCAAAAUCCACUGGUGGGAGAACGUGUAUGGCUUUGACAUGACCUGCAUCCGUAACGUGGCCAUGAAGGAGCCCCUGGUGGACAUAGUGGACCCCAAACAUGUGGUCACCAACUCUUGCCUGAUCAAGGAGGUGGACAUCUACACAGUGAAGACUGAGGACUUGUCCUUCACUUCAGCAUUCUGCCUUCAGAUCCAGAGGAACGACUACAUCCAUGCCCUGGUCACCUACUUCAACGUUGAGUUCACCAAGUGUCACAAGAAAACUGGCUUCUCCACCGCCCCUGAUGCUCCGUUCACACACUGGAAACAGACAGUCUUCUACCUGGAGGACUACCUGACCGUAAAGAGGGGCGAGGAGAUCAUUGGCAGUAUUAACAUGAAGCCCAACGAGAAGAACAUACGCGACUUGGACUUCACCUUUGAGCUGGAUUUCAAAGGACAGAUAUGCGAGGCAGCCAUCUCCCACGACUACAAGAUGCGCUAGCUAGGUGUCCAAUAGGGAGAAGCCGGCGCGCUGCAGCCCCACAAAUACACAGAGGGAAAGAAGAGGCACUCCUCUCGACAACAGACAAUAAUGAGGAUGGGAUGGAGGGAGGAGAGGGAGUGCAUUGGAGGGAUCAGAGAGGGUGGGAUGGAGGGAGGAGAGAAGUUCAGAUAGA